AUGGUAGUGAGUGUAAAGGUCUUGCCUUCUCCCAAGUGUGUUUUUUUUGAUCCCAUUCAGAUUACAGUGGAGGGUCUCUCACCGCUGCAGAAGGUCACUCUGAGGGCAUCCCUGACUGGUGAGAAUGGGGAAUUUUUCCAAUCCUUUGCCUACUACAGGGCUGAGAGCAAUGGAGAACUGGACCUGACGUGCUCCUCAGCCCUGGCUGGCAGCUACUCUGGGGUAGAACCCAUGGGACUGCUGUGGUCACUGGAAUCUGAGACACCCUUCAAACGGCUGGCAAAGAAUGUCCUCACCCCAUUCUAUGUACACGUGGAAGUGUUUGAGGGCCACGAUAUCACCAACCAGCUCGUGGGCAAAUGCAUUAAUGAGCAGAAAUUUUUGGGAGAGGGGGCGAAAAGGAUUCUGGUCAGAGAAGGUCGGCUCAAGGCAACUCUCUUCCUGCCUACUAGAUCUGGUCCAUUCCCAGGACUUAUCGACUUGUAUGGAACUGGAGGAGCUCUUCCUGAGUACAGAGCAAGUCUUUUGGCUAGCAGGGGCUUUGUUACACUAGCUCUCACUUAUUUAGUCUUUGAAGAUAUCCCAGCUUUCACAGACAUCCUCGAACUGGACUAUUUUGGGGAGGCUGUGGAGUUUUUGCAGAAGCAACAGCAGGUAUGA